AUCAAAUUCUGAUAAAACGGAAACAUCAAAAAAGAUCCUGGAUCAGCUAGAAAACCGACUCAGUGUCAAAGAUAUAAUGAAAAUACAGAAGGUUUUCAUGCCAUCAAAUUUUAAAGAAUUUGUGCCGGUUAAUAGGAAGAGCUUUAUUGACAAUAUGUUCACAGCUCUUGGAUGUGGUGUUGAAGAGGAGUAUGGAGACUUGUUUGACAGAAUUGAUGUAGCACGAGAUGGUUUUGUUAACUGGGACAAAGUGACAACAUUUAUGCUGUUAGAACUUUAUGAAAAAGAAGAGCGGACAAAUUCAUCACUUGUUCCUCAGUGGAAAGAUAUUAAAUUUCUUCAGUCGCAUCAUAAGGAACCUAUUCAAAGUAUAGUCUACCUGAAGAAUUCACAUCGGUACCUGAGUUUGAGUAAGGAAGGUUGGUUGAGCAUCUGGGGUGAGAAUUUAAAGCUGCAGCAAACUUUACGAGUUGCCACAGAUUCUGUAAGACUGCGAGACCUCUGGGUAACAAGUAUGAUCUCCUUAGCAAAUGUAAACAAGGUAGCAGUUGCAUUUACCAGUAAGGAGAUUUGCUUUUAUGACCUUAAUUCCAAAGAAGAAUUUUCCUGUCAGUAUAAACUUCAUGGAAUAUGCAACACUCUGAUUUGUAUGCACUAUUGGUAUAACCCAGAAGAUGGAAAUGAAGCAGUUCUCACCUUUGGUGACAUCUGUGGGGAGGUCAAUGCUAUUUGCUUUACCACAGCUUUAAUUUCACUUUUUGAAAGACCAAACAGUUCGACAGAUGAGCAAGAGACAACCAUAGCUAUUACCUGGCAAGAGCUGGUUAAAGGAAAUCACAAGUGCUGCUUCACUUUACAGCACAAAGGACACAAUAAAGAAUGGGUCAGACAAGUGAGUUACUGUUCCAAUUUGGAGGCUUUCAUCUCCUGUGCCACAACUAGCUUGAAUACAUUAGUCUUGGGCUGGAAAGAAAAGGGAACAGCCCCAAUGAAAACCUCUUCUAUCCAUGUUAAUGAAGGUGUUAAUGCAUUUGAUUACCAUCCUGGACUCAAUUUAAUUGCUUCUGCAGCUGUAGAUCAUCAGGUCUACUUAUGGAACCCUUACAUGUCUAAGCCUAAUGGAGUUUUACAAGGCCAUCUAGCUAGCGUAAUAGCAGUUCAGUUUAAUAUUACACGAAGACAACUCUUCAGUUUUUCAAAGGACAAGGUUUUACGAAUUUGGGACAUGCACCAUCAGCUUUGUGUCCAGCGACUUGCUGGGAUAUUUCCAAAAUGCCUGGACUUCCAAACAAUUCUAUAUUUCAAUGAACUCAGUGGCCAACUCUUCACCACUUUCAACAAUCAGCUGACGUUAUUGGAGAUGAAGCAAGAGACUGGCAAAUGCGUGAAAAGUCAUGAAAAGUCUGUUACCUGUGUGCUUUACAACUCUCUUUUCAAACAGGUUAUCAGUUCAGACAUUGGAUCUACUGUUACAGUCUGGAUGAUUGAAACUGGUCAAAAAAUAAAGCAAUUUUCUGGAUGCCAUGGCAAUUCUGAGAUUACAACAAUGGCACUAGAUGAUUCUGAGACCAGAUUUUUCACUGCAAGUGUUGAUGGAACAGUAAAGAUUUGGGAUUUCAAUGGCCAUUGCCACCAUAAAUUGAAUGCAGGAAGGGACCAAGCAGCUGAUAUCUCCCAGAUCCUGAUAUUAAAAAGGAGUAUUCUGGUAUUAGGCUGGGAAAGAAUAAUUACUGUCUUCAGAAUGGAUACUCCUACUGAAUUUUUAGUUCAACCCUCAGAAUGGAAAGGGAAAGCAGAGCAUCAAAAUGACAUUCUUUGUGCAGCAUUCUUACCACCUCAAACCCUUGCAACAGGCAGCUAUGAUGGGGAAAUUGUAUUAUGGAAUAAUAAUUCUGAAAAAGCAUCAUCUAGAUUUCACCCAUGUUUGAAUAGAGUUCUGAAGUCUAAACCAGGUAAAUACAACCUACUACAUCAACAGGAAGAACCUCAAGCUAUAGAUAAUUUUACUACAGUUUCAAAUAGAUAUUCAUUGUUUACUGCUGACUGUGAGGAUAAUGAAUUUAACUACAUAGUUUCAAGGCUAUUCUUUCUGGAGGGCAGAAAGAAUGUUUCCAUUGCAGGUGGUGCAAACCUUGUAGCCUGUGGUGGUUGUGGAAUUGUUCGUUUUUGGAAUACCUUUAAAAGCCUUCUGUUGGCUGAGUUUGAGGCCCAUGCAAAUGCAGCAUCCAUUAUUAUGACAGUUGAUAAAAAUAGUGACUAUCUUAUAACAGGGGAUGUGAAUGGACAUACUAAAGUUUGGAACAUACAGGAUUACUGCUUGUGUUCCAGUGACAUUGUCAUUACUCAACUUCCACCAAUGGUGGCAGAGAUACAAGCUCAUAACGAUUGCAUCAAUCACCUUGAAACUUGUGUGCAGGAUGACCGUUUGCUAAUUCUUUCUGCAUCUGCUGACUGCAGCAUUGUUUUGAGUGACAUUUCUGGAUCAGUAAUUGGUGUAUUUGGACAGGAUGAACAUUGGCGAAUUGGUGAGUGUUCACCUCCAUCUGUAAUAAAAAUAGCGCCCAAAGAGGAGAAGACUGUAGGUCAGAAGCAGGUGAGGAGUGAAGAAUGUCUGUCAGUUUUCAAACACAGCAUCCCCAUUACUGAAGAGAAAAUUGACCCAGAUAGCAAGAUUAACAUAUGGAAAAGUACAGUUUUGGGUAACAGGUUUAGAGAAAACAGAAUCCAAAAGAGACCAAGACCGCAGCUGUCUGCUUGGGGCAAAAUGCAGAACCCUAUUGGAACAUUUAGUUCCCUACAUAUGGAAGACUUGGAGAAAAUCAUCGAUGUGCCAGAACCAGACUUUCUGCGGAACCCCCAUAAAUAUUUUGACAUUAAGUUUGAAGACGCUGAUAAUGAAAAGCUGAUGUUCCCUACUUUAUCUGAAACACCAAAAGUAGCUUUUGAUGAGAAAAGCCUGUUUCCUAAAGAAAUGUUGGAUCGUGAAAACAAAACAAAGCUUUUGGAUGAAGAGAAUUUAAAUGGAAUAAAAACUACAGUAACCAAGAAAGUUUUAAGAGGGAAGUCUAGACGACCACAGAGGACCACUGUAGGAAUCAGACUGGGAAAACAAUUUGAUAAUUCUACCCAGAAACAAGCAGAUUCAUUUACAAAGAAGAACUUAAAGAAAUCAAUUUCUUAAAACUCAAACCAUUGUACUACUUAAACAAAAGUUGCUGAUGAAUGAAAAAAUUAAUUGAAAUAUGCUACCACAAAGCUCUAUAAAUUUAAAUUAUGUAAAAAACAGCAUUGUUAUUUUCUGUUUGAUUAUUGUGUAGCAUUAGCAACAAAGAUACUGAAUUAUUGCUCACUUCCUUCAUGUAAUAAUUAGCU